UACCCACCACACUUGAAUCUGAUUUCCCCUCUUCUUCUUCUCGUUCUCUCGGUUUUGAGUCUUUGCCAUUUUAGGAGGGGCCUGUCUCUGUGGCAAUGGCCAUGGCUAAGUUUUUUGCUGCCUUGAUCUUGGCACUCCUUGCCAUCUCCAUGCUUCAAACCACGGUUAUGGCAAAUAAUGGACAUGGAGGUCAUCACGGUGGCAAUAAUGCAUAUGGACCUGGGAGCCUCAAGAGCUACCAAUGCCCAUCACAAUGCUCGAGGAGAUGCGGCCAGACCCAGUACCACAAGCCUUGCAUGUUCUUCUGUCAGAAAUGCUGCAAAAAGUGUCUGUGUGUGCCCCCAGGGUAUUAUGGGAACAAAGCUGCGUGCCCUUGCUACAACAACUGGAAGACCCAGCAAGGAGGACCCAAGUGCCCUUGAUUUUGAUUGAUCAGCCCACCCACUAUCUGCUUUGAGUUUAAUUAUCCUAGCUAUAUGUACUAACUAUAUAUAAAGUAUAUGUAUGAAUUCUCUUUGAACUGGGUUUGUUUUGUUGGGUUAGAGGGACUUAAAAUUGUCUGUGAUCCAGUCACUGAGAGAGUUUGCUUAAACUGAGAUUUCCUAAUCUAUUGUCAUCAAUGCAAUUUCUGAUUUUACAAA